AUGAAUGACGAAUUAGUAAUUACCGUCAAUGAUGAAAAAGAAGAAACUAAUGAAUUAUCAAAAAAUAUUGAAGAUGUCGACAAAUCGUCUGCCCAUGAGACAACGGAAACUCACGAAACAUUUGUUGGAUUUUCCAAAGAUUUAAAAUAUGUCUCACUCUACUUUCCCUAUAACGACUAUGUUCACUUUGCUGGAAAACACAUUGAUAACGCUUAUGAACAUUUAAACGAUAAUCAAUAUUACGAAAUCGAUUAUAAGAAAUUAGUUGAAGAAGAAAAACCCGAUUUUCAUGCACUUACCUCACGCAUUUUCAAAUCGAUGGUAGAUUUUGUAUUUUCUGACGACUGCAAAGCUACAAUAGUAUGCGGAAAAGCUGAAUCGUCGCCUGAUAGUUGGGAUAUGGAUUUUAUAAAAAAAGAUGGCGAGGGGUUUAAAUUUAAUAUCAUUUAUCAAAUGGUAUUUUUCAAUAAAAAUUUGCUGGUUUAUGAAGAAAACAAAUUUAAAGUAUUUUCUCCUGGGGACAAUGAUGACAAAAAAUGGGUUCAUACUAAAACUUUAUAUAUUCAUAGAAAAUUGGGGACUAUAGUAUCCAAAGAUACAAAAUUAUUUACAAUCGAUGAAUACGGGACGUUAACAUAUUGGAAUAAAGAAUUUAUUAAGUCUGAAAACGACUUCCAUCUACCAAAAGAUUUUGAUCUUAAAUAUGUUAAGAUAGAAACCAAUAGAGACGAAAAAUUAAUACUAGUCUACAAUGAUAAUCAAAUGCUUGUUUUUUCCAUGGAAUUUGGAAUUUUUUUAUCGUCAUUUGGUAUUGAUUUCAUCAAAUGUGCGAAUUUUAUUUACACAAAUGAUGGUGAGAUAGAGCACUUAUUUGUCAUCAUUGGUGGAAGUAAUGAUAAUUUCAUAUUUAUGGAACCAUCAAAUCUUAAUAAUACAAACGAUAUGACCAAGAUAUAUGAGGAAUAUUUAUCUAUCAAAACCAAUAAGUUUAAUGGAUUUCAAAUACAAGAUAAUAAACUCAUUGUGACAUCACACUCUUAUUGUCGCGUUUAUAAUAUUUUAGAUGAGAAAAUAACAAAAAAAAUUAGUUACAAUCAUUUAAAAAGUUUUAGUUUUAUUUUUCCAUAUGUUGGUAAAGCUUUAGAUAAAUUAUUAUUGGGUGAAAAUAUAGAUAGUUUCAAUAUAACAAACGAAUUAGAAUUAAAAUUUGAAAACGUGGGAUCAAUUAAAUGGAUCGUCUCUCUUUCAACUACCGAUAAUGUUUGUGUAAAUUUUAAAAGUCAGAAAGAUUCCAAAGAAGAUAUUAUAUCAUUUAAUAUUAAAACUUUAUUUUCAUAUGAAAUUUUAAAAAAUGAAGAUUUGCUUCUAAUAACAAAAAAUGAUGGCAUACAUGUAUAUUCAGUAAAUGUUUCUGGAAAGAUCUAUCAAAAAUUCAAUAGUAAUCUUUACGUUGAUGAUAAAAUACUCGAGAAAAAUAUUGAAAAAUUCACCAAGUUUGAUUUUGCUCACGUAAAACUUGGUAAUUUGGAAUUACAUAUCCAUGCAUUCCAAUAUAUUUUGGAGGAUACAUUAGCAUUAGCAAAAUAUGGAGAGAAAAUAUUUAAUAGAGCGACAGAGGAGAAAGAUGGGUUCAUUGCGGAAUUAAUUUAUAAUAAAUAUAUCGAGGUUUAUAAACAAAACCCCUCCACCAAUCUACCAUUAUUGCGUGAUAUUGUGUUGCAUUUAACAGGAUUAAAUACCUUUAAUCCUGUAAUUGUGGAAAAAUUUUUGGAAACGGUUUCGAUCAUCUUGGAUCCUAAUUGCAAUAAGAUUUCUACCUCAACGGUUUCAGAAAAAAAUUACAUAUGUGAUGAAAACGAAGAAAAUGAAGAAAAUACGAAAAAAUUCUUGCCAACUCUGUCAUACAAGGCUCAUUUGUUGAGAAACACAUUCCAAGCAAUGUUCAUAGCUAAUGAUGGAAUAGGAUUUCCAUUUAUGUUUUUGGCAUUAUACCUAUUACAAAGAUCAAAUAACACUGAAAUAGCUGGAUCAAAAAAUUGGAUUGAUAAAGAGUCAUUCCUAGUUUUUGCUUUUGCACUUGCAGUUGAGAAAAGGGAAAAUGAUAUGGAUGCAUAUAUAGCAAAUCAUACAAAAGAUAAUGUUGUCACAUUUAUUGUUGUCAGUUUAGUGGUAGUUCAUAAUGCUCAAUUAAGUGUACAUAAAAAAGGAAAAAUGAGAGCUGAAAUUGUUAAUUUGGAUGAAGUUGACAAAGAUGAUGAAGAAGAAGAACAUGAAGAACAUGAAGAACAUCACCAACACCCACAUCACAGAAGAAGAAUUGAAGAGGAGAAAAAAGAAAUUGAUAAAAGUGGCAAUUAUGCAAAAAGAUGA